AACCGGUCCGGGAGGAAGGAAAGUGACAUUUGUUCGUUUGUUCGUUUACCUCCGGGCACGUUAGGCUGAGAUUUGUGUACGCCUCGUUAGCGUAAGACUUUUAAACAACGGCGUGUUCCCGUUGUAUUCCACUAAGCAGCAAUUCCUUAUGGAAGUUAUGGAUAUCUGCUUACGUUAUUAUCAAUUAACGUUAUCAAUUGUUGGUUAGCGGUUGGUUCCAAGUUUGACGUCAGAACAGCGAGGACAGGCGGCUACCUAUUGACAGCAUUUGUUAACCCGCACCGGUGGAUUGUGUCCAGCUAGCUUACGUUAGCUAAACACACGUCUGUCCGAGAGGAGCUGCUUGAGACAUCAUCCCGCCAUGGAUCCGUUCGACAGUAACAACUCAGACCGAUCCAACCAGCCGAGGAACAUGAUUGAGAACCGUAUGUUUGAAGAAGAACCUGAUGUUGUGGAUUUGGCUAAAGACUCCACUACAUUUCCAACAUGUCAAGCUCUUGACCCCGACGACGUGGUGUAUGAACCUCGCAGCUCGCGGUUGCUGGUGCGAGGCCUGGGAGAGAACGACAUGGACGAGGAUGAUGAGGACUGCGAAUCAUCAGCCCGUCUGCUGGGCAUGUCCUUCAUGAACCGCAGCGCUGCGCACAGAUCCUGCUCUUCCCCAUACACCAGGCAGGGUGCACCCAGGUCAUGUGUACGACCCUCUGCUCGUACCCUGGUUGUCUGUAUGUUAUUUCUGGUGAUAGUGGCCUCUAUGACCAUGGUGCUAUACUUCUUACCUGGAUGCACCUUUACCAGGAGUGGUUGUCCAAAGACCAACAAGACCUCUCCCUUCGAGCAAGUCUACCCUCUGUCCACCAGUGGCGCAGUGUUUCCGUGGGCACAGCUCCGGCUGCCUCGCAGCAUACGUCCCCUUAGCUAUGACCUCACCCUUAACCCCGACCUUGACAACAUGACCUUCACCGGUCGCACCAUCAUCACCAUGUCUGUGCUUCACAACACCAAGUGCAUCGUCCUGCACAGCGCUUAUCUCAACAUCACCAACGCUACUUUCAAGCUGGGUGACGGGGAGGCCAGAGGAGUGACUGUGCUGGAGUACAAACCCAGAGAGCAGAUAGCUGUUGAAUUCACAGAGGUGCUGAAGACCGGCCAGUACUGCGUUUUGACUCUGGAUUACUCUGCCAACCUCUCGCAUGCUUACGACGGUUUCUACAACAGCUCAUACACUGAAAAAGAUGGAAGCAAAAGGGUAUUAGCUGCCACCCAGUUUGAGCCACUAUCAGCUAGGAAGGCCUUUCCUUGCUUUGAUGCACCAGAUUUCAAAGCCACCUUCCUGAUUAGAAUCCGCAGGAAACCAAACCACCUGAGUCUUUCCAACAUGCCAAAGGCCAAAAGCACACAACUUUCCAAUGGCCUCAUUGAAGAUGAGUUUGAAAAGACCAGCGUCAACAUGAGCACCUACCUGGUCGCCUUCAUCGUAGCUAACUUCACCCAUAUCAGCAGAAAUGUUUCAGACACUCAGGUGUCUGUAUACUCCGUGCCAGAGAAGUGGGAGCACACUGACUACGCUCUGGACACCGCCUGCAAAUUGCUGGAGUUCUACAAUGGGUUCUUUGAAAUUAACUACCCCCUCAAAAAACUAGACCUGGUAGCCAUCCCAGACUUCCUGGCAGGAGCCAUGGAGAACUGGGGACUCAUCACUUUCAGAGAAACCAGCCUGCUUGUGGGCAAACAGUCCUCUCCUCUGGAAAAACAAGUGGUGGCCUCCGUCAUCGCGCAUGAGCUCGCUCAUCAGUGGUUUGGAAACCUGGUGACGAUGAGGUGGUGGAAUGACCUGUGGCUCAACGAAGGCUUCGCCACAUACAUGCAGUACAUGUCGCUGCAGACUGUUUUUCCCCAGCUGGACAUUGGUAAUUUGUUCCUGGCAGUACGCUUCAGAGCUUUGGACAAAGACGCGCUUAACUCCUCCCACGCCGUGUCAACAGAGGUUAAUAAGCCAGAACAGGUGGAAGAGAUGUUUGACUCUGUGUCCUAUGAAAAGGGUGCAUCCAUUCUACUGAUGCUGAAUGCCUCCCUGCCAGGGGACCAACAGUUCAGAAAGGGAAUCAUUCAAUACCUGAAAGAGUUCAGUGGAUUAAACACAGACACUAACGACCUCUGGAACAGUCUCACACAGGUGGAAGUCUCUGCCCAACACCCCAAUGUAUCAGAUAUGAUGAGCUCAUGGACAUCCCAGAAAGGUUUCCCAUUGGUCACUGUAAGCCGUAAGGGAGGUCAGGUGACCCUCACGCAGGAGCCCUUCCGACUCACAUCUGACAACGCCACGCAGACCUCCAGCUUGUGGAAUAUUCCGGUGACGUACGUCACUGACAACUGUAGUGUGGCCCCUGAGUGCAGAAGGACAUUCUAUCUGAAGACCAAGUCAGAGACGCUGAAGGAGCUACCAGAAAGUAUUAAGUGGAUGAAGUUGAACUACAGAAACACAGGCUUCUACAUCACCCACUACGAAGAUGAGGGCUGGGCCGCUCUCAUAAAUGCUCUCUCCAACAAUGUCAAUGUUUUGACGCACGAGGACCGGGCCUCGCUCGUACACAACAUGUUUGCUCUUUCCAGACUUGGACGGGUGUCCUUCAACCAAGUCCUCCACCUUUUGAGGUACAUGUCCAAUGAAAAUCAUACUUCUCCUGUGACGGAGGCCUUGUCACAGCUCGGUGUAAUCUACCGGCUGCUUGACAAAAGACAAGAGCACCGCCUUGUGGCCCGGAUGAAGUCUUACAUUCUGAAUCAGUUUGGUUCUCUGAUGGACAAACAAACGUGGGAAGAGGAGGACAGUGUGUCCAAACAGGAGCUUCGCUCUGCCCUGCUGGAGAUGGCCUGUGGUCUGAAUGAAGAGAAGUGCAUUAAGAAAGCCCAAGCCCUGUUCAAACACUAUGUCGAGUCCAAUGGAACCUUGCGGAUCCCAGGUGAUCUGCAGCAAGUCGUAUUCACUGUGGCUGCUCAAUCAAAUGAAGAUUGGGGCACUUUGCUUAGCAUGUACGGACAUGUCACCUAUGAUGCUGAGAAGCGAAAAAUGCUCCGUGGCCUAGCGUCUACUCAGGACGCACGGCUCUUAGUAUGGGUUCUAAAGGCAGGUCUGAUGGGGGAUGUCAUCCAGACACAGGAGUUGCCUCUGGUCAUCAGCACUGUGUGUAAUGGCUUCACCGGAUACUUGUUUGUCUGGGAUUUUAUCCAAGAGAACUGGGACAGCCUCAUUGAGAAGUUCCCUGUGGGCUCCUUUGCCAUCCAGACAAUCAUCAAGUCGACCACCUCUCAGUUCUCCACACAGGCACAUCUUGAUCAAGUUCAGGGCUUCUUCUAUAGUUUGAAGGAGCGCGGCUCUCAGAUGAGGAGCGUGCAGGAAGCUUUGGAAACCAUCAGGCUGAACCAGCGCUGGAUGGAAAAGAACUUGGCCACGCUCAAAAAAUGGCUCUAAUACAGCCGCUCCAUCCAGUCUGCCCCACUGGCAAGCAAAAAGGGGCCAUCGUCAAGACAACAACACUGUUUGCACUAUUGUAACACAGUGUCUCUUUACUCUUUUAACCAGGCCAGAGUACUAAUCAAAGCCAGAGGUUUCGCUUUUUCCUGGGUGGCCCGUAUUGUUCCUGUGAGGUUUUUUUGCUAGCUCAGGGUAGCUCUGAUUGUGUGUCCGACUGGAAGUUGUCUGAUGCAAACGCACUCCUCACUCUUUAUGCUGUCGACCAAACCUCUCCUCUGCAGCUCUCAUCUAAACGUCGUGCUGGAGCAGACAAUCUUGCAUCAGCCUCACUCCUUUUCCUCUACGUGCUCUCAGGCCCUGAACUGUAUGAGCUGUGCAGGCCACUUCAAAAAGAGGAAGUACAAAGAAUGUUAACGUGUGUGUGUGUGUGUGUGUGUGUGUGUGUGUGUGUGUGUGUGUGUCGGUCCUGGACUUUAUCUCACAUUGUCUUAUAUAUGUUUCUCGAGCUGUCAGGGAUUGUCUGCAAUGAGAGGUGAAAAUGACUGGUACUUUUAGAGAGGUAUCAUUCUUGAAUUGAACUGACCUUCGAUCCCCAUGUUACAAAAUAGCUACUGACCAUUCUGACGUGUAGUUACACGUGCAUUUACCUUAUUUUUCAUGCUGCGUUUGUAUGAGUAGAAUGUACUGAGAAACCUCCCCACUGUGUACAGUAGGUGGCGUACUGCACAGCAGUGCAGGUUUAAAGCAACAACCAAUGUGUCUUCAGGGAGAGCAGGCGAGCCAAAAGCCAAAUGUUGAUUUCGUUCUUCCUCUACCGCUAAUAAGCCCGUUUAGCUCUGAUUACUUUAGUUGUUAUUUAGAUUUAGGUUUUGCCAGCAGUGCUCUCACUGUAAGCUUUUAAUUAUGAUGUAAAUAUGUUCAACCCUGUUUUCUCCUGCAAUUUUGGAUAUAACGUUUUAAACAUCUUGAACUUUUUAGGAUUUGCUUAGUAUCGUGUGCCUGUGUGUAUAUAAAGUGUAGAGAUAAAAUGUAUAAGGUUGUUUAAGGUUAUUGGUCAAAUACCGUCGAUGUAUUUUUUGAUUGAGACUACUCCAGGGAGGUAAUUUGCUGAAUGUAAGUGUUCUAAGGGCUAAGUGCAAAUUGAAGAUACAACGUAAAUAGAAGAACAUUUAAGUUGGGCAUGGCUAAUCUGUCCAGGAAGAGCUUUAUCAGCCAAAUACAUAUAAAGAAGGUUCAAACUUACAUUAACCAGUCCUGUUGCUUCUUGUUAACGAGGUGUAGCACAGCUAUUUUUGUGGAUUCUAUUGAAAUACAGUUGUACUCUUAGUCACAGCUUCAUUUAAAAUGGUACUAUUUACUUAUUCACUCCAUCACUGACAUGGUAUUUUAGAUAAUUGAGGAAAUAACAUGCAUUCAGAUUUUAUUUAAACAUCCUUAACCCUUUUAUGGGACAGGUUUCUUUCUUUGUUGUCAUAUUAUCUGAAACAUUUCUGUCAGAGGGGAGGGGGGGCAACAGAAUGAAGGGUCCAGAGGAUUGAGCAUUCCCAACAGGAAAAGGCUCUCGUAGUUUAGAUCAUUGUAUUUCGUAUUUCACUUGAGCAUUAGCUUGUUCCAUCCAGUCUAUUCAACAGCCACUGCGUUGACAAAAUGCUUUUAAAGACACACCUCAAUCGCUGUGUCUUUGCUAAUUGUGGUCACGUCUCAUCUAUUUUUCAAAUGCCAGCAUUCAGAGGAAUUAAUCAUCCUCAUUGAGGCUGCGGCACUUUGAUGCUCCAUCAUACUUCGUUGACAGAAGCUGUGUGUCGUGUGAAGUCAUUUGCAAUAGCUUUUAAGAGCUAAGAGUCAAUCAGGUACCAGGUUCAGUAGAAGUAGGUGAAUCAGGGACGUGUGCGAUCUGAUGACAGGAUUGUAGUGGAGUAUAUGUUACAUACCGAUCAGAUUGUCUCCGUUUUGGCACGGAGAUAAAAUGGAGCAGAUGCUUUUCAAACUGUGUUGCUCCAUAUGUGAAUGAGAUAUAAAUAAAAGAUGUUUUCUGACGA